CACUACCUGCACUGUUGCUUGGAAAUGUAUGUAAACAAUCCCUUGCUAAAAUCUCAGCCUGCACUUUAAGAAAGGAAACCGACUACAGUACUGCAUCUGGCAGAAGUGAAAGGAAUAUAAAAACAGCUUAAAAUACAUAGCUAAUCCAACAUGGCUACAGAUAUGUGGGUAGGUAACUGGCGUCCCCACAGACCAAGAGGACCAAUUGCAGCACUUUAUGGCAGUCCUGGACCAAAAUAUGCUCUUCCUGGAAAUACAGGUUAUGUUCACCAUGAUGCAACAAAAUACAGAGCCCCUUCUUUCAGUUUUGGGAAUCGUCAGUUUAAACUCAUGGAUGACUGCUCUCCAGGACCAGGUUACCUCAUUCCUGCCAACAUCACCAUUCGGGGAAAAGAUGGAACACCUGCCUACUCUCUCUAUGGUCGGCCUAAGGAUCUCAAUUUGUUUCAAACACCUGGCCCAGGAAGCUAUGCUCCUGAAAAGUCAGGGAAAUCUGCACGUUACUCAGCCCCUGCAUACUCACUAGCUGCCCGUACGAAAGGAUUCAGAAAUGACCAAACACCAGGACCUGCGGCAUACAUGCUUCCAUCAGUAUUAGGACCUAAAACCGUGAAUAAAAGCUCUGCCCCCAAUUAUUCCCUAAUAGGACGUAGCAAAAUAGGCAGCUUCCAUGAAGACCUGCAGAAGACACCAGGUCCAGGAACAUAUCGAGUUGUAGACCCUGCUACAUAUAAAUACAAACCUCCCCAGUUUAGUAUGACAGCUCGCAAUAUGUUACCUGGAGAUACAACACAAAAACCAGGACCUGGGGCCCACAGCCCUGAGAAGGUUCACUUCUACAAGAAAUCAAUACCAAGUUAUUCCUUUGGCGUCAAGCACUCUGAAUACCUUGCACCCCUUAUUGUGGAUGUUGCAGAGUAAUCUACCUUUGUUUACCCAUUCACCUGUGUGUAAUCUCAGCAGGAUACUCUAACAGUUACUGAUAACAUUUUUAAUAAAAUAAGUUAAUUGAACUAUG